AGAGAGACGGAAAAUACGAGUCAUGGUCUCGUUGAACCUAAGGUUGUCUGCAGUAUUUCGCCUUUUAGUGAUGUGUCACUAAAGUUCCAUGGUCACAACUUCUCUUCAGCAGUGCCCAUCAACCCACCACUAAAAUUUUCGGCGCAUUUUCUAAUAAGGCUGACCCGCGAUCGCUUGUCGCGGCCGGCUGAACAUCCGAGGCUACGAACCGAAUUCCCCACGGCCUCCUUCCUUGGAAGCAAUUCGUCUGGACGAAACUCCUCCGUCGCUUCCGCCAUUUCAUAGCUGUGUUCAACCAGCAUGGCUACGCAGGGGCAGAUACCCGUGCCUAUGACGACGAUGCCCCAGAACCACGUUGUCGUGCCCGUCGCGCCCGUCGCGCCUGUCUUGACUCGAGACAGCUUCAACUCCCAAUCACUGGGCCGUGCCACAAAUGCGCAUGUCAAACAGGCGCGCGUGCUGAUGGUGGGCGCUGGAGGGAUCGGAUGCGAACUCCUCAAGAACCUCGCUCUCACGGGCUUCGGCGAAAUCCACGUUGUCGACCUCGACACCAUCGACCUCAGUAACCUGAACCGCCAAUUCCUCUUCCGGCAGGAACAUAUCAAGAAAUCGAAGGCCCUGGUAGCGACCGAGGCGGCGCAGCGAUUCAACCCCGACGUCAAGAUCGUUGCUCACCAUGCCAACAUCAAGGACUCGGAGUUUAACGUGCAGUGGUUUAGGGGCUUCAACAUCGUAUUCAACGCCCUUGACAACUUGGAGGCGCGGCGGCACGUCAACAAGAUGUGCCUGGCUUCCGAUGUCCCGUUAAUUGAGAGUGGCACCACUGGCUUCAACGGCCAAGUACAGGUCAUCAAGAAGGGCGUGACCGCAUGCUACGACUGCACGCCGAAAGAAACACCCAAAUCAUUCCCGGUCUGCACGAUUCGGAGCACGCCGAGCCAGCCCAUCCACUGCAUCGUCUGGGGCAAGAGCUACCUCCUCAACGAAAUCUUCGGAGUUAGCGAGGAUGCAUCCGCGUUCGACCAUUCGGAGGACCAGGACAAUGCCGAGGAGAUCGCGGAGCUCAGGAGGGAAUCAGAGGAGUUGAGAAGGAUCCAACAGUCUAUGGGGACCGUCGAGUUCCCACAGCUACUCUUCGACAAGGUCUUCAAUAAGGAUGUUGUGCGGCUGAGAUCAAUGGAGGACAUGUGGAAGUCGAGAAAGCCGCCAGAGCCGCUCGACUACGAAUUCCUGACUGAGAAGGCCGCCGACGCCGCCGCAUCAAGCGAUUCCAUACUCGCGGACGGACAGAAGGUGUGGUCCUUGGAGGAGAGCUUCGUCGUUUUCAACAACAGUUUGGGCCGGCUCAGCAGGCGCAUGCUCGAUCUGAAAGAGAACCAAGGCUCCGGGCCACAGCCCAUGAUCACCUUCGAUAAGGACGAUGAAGACACGCUUGACUUUGUUGCCGCGAGUGCGAAUAUCAGAUCUGCGAUAUUUGGCAUUGACCGGAAAUCUCGAUUUGAUAUCAAGCAGAUGGCCGGCAACAUCAUCCCGGCGAUUGCGACAACAAAUGCCAUCGUCGCUGGCCUUUGCGUCCUCGAGUCUUUCAAGGUCCUUCGGGGGGAGUAUGACCAAGCAAGAGAGGUAUUUCUGACGCCCUUUGCCUUUGCAAGACUCCUCGCGUCAGAUAGGCCGAGAAGACCAGAUCCAGACUGCCCGGUGUGCAGCGUGUACAGCACCUCCGUCUACGUCGACCUUUCGCGAGCGACACUCAACGACCUAGUCGAAGACUUCCUGAGGCUCGAGCUGGGAUAUGGCGGGAAGGAGAUCUCUGUCAGCAACGACGUUGGCAUUCUUUACGAUCCCGACGAGACGGAGAACUUGGACAAGAAGCUGAGCGAACUUGGUAUCAGUCAAGACAGCUGCAUAACCAUCGUUGACGAUGACGACGACGACCCCUUCGUCAAUGUCAUAGUGAACAUCCAGGAGGCAAAAGAACCGCUGGGCGGCGGUAAACCAAUCCAAGGCAACGCGGCAGAUACGAAGCCCGAGAUCCCGCGGAAACCCAAGAAGACGCCUACGACAGAAGACAACGGCGUCGGCGCCACCACGAAUGGCAAGCAUGCCGUGACCGACGAGGCCAGCAACAAAGGGACGAACUUGAAGCGGCCUCGAGCCGAUGAGCCGGACGAAGCUACGCCAACCAAAAAGGCCAGAUUUGCGGGUGAGGCGCCCGCCACUGACGAUGACGUGAUCCUUGUUGACGGCGACUCGUCGGGCGGUGCCAUUGUCGUUGACGACGACUGAUACGACGGACGCUGGGGGAUAGGUAGUCUGUAGGUUUACGUGUAUUGCUGACAAGACGUUUUUUACACGCAACGGCCAUCAAGUGGCACUCAAACCUCCAUCGAGGUUGAGAAUGCAAUUGCUGGCAUAGGGAUUCUUAGCAAGGAACGCGGCUGCAUCGGCCACCUCGUCGACGUGGCCGAACCGUCUCAGGGGGAUCCUGUCCUUCAACUCCUCCUGAGCAGAAAGAUCUGGCGCACACAUGUACAUUAGCCUAGGAUCGCAAGGAUAGAGGUUCUGAUUUUCAGGCAUGGUUUCAGGAAUGGCUGGUUUGGAGGGAAAGGAGCAGCGCGCUAGGGGACCGCGGGGCGCGGCCAUGGGACGAG